CGCGGAGUUGACUGCGGGGGACUUCCUAAAACGGCAGUAAAAGCACCUAACCCUCGGACGGCCUCCGCACGUCGGUCGGCGUUGUGUCCGGCGCGCGUGGGGUCCCCGGGCCGGCCACUGCAGCCCUGCAGGUUUGUGAGAAUUAUAGCAGAAGAGAAGAGAGGGGUUAAGGAUGAGGAAUAGAGGGAUUUAUUGAAGAGCUCUGCCGGUUUGUUCUUCAGAGGAGGGGCGGGGUGGGUGUGUGGAGGAGGAACUAAUAGCGGUGAAAUGGACGCGGUCGAGGUUUCGCGAGUAUUUAACGAACCAAGACAAGUUUGUCUUAAAAGGAGAGCAGAUUGGUUUGUUUGUCUUUAUCUCAGGUCUGGAGAGCUGGUGGUUGGUCGUAGAUUCCAUUUGCAUGCCUGUAAAAUGGAGGACCGCAGCCUUGUAUGUCUCGAUACUUGUUGUUUCUCUGAAUACAGAUAUCUCAGACUUAAUCAGCAAAAUAAACUGAUCUAUCUUACUCUAAACCUCUUCACAGCCAGACCAACACAAACAACAGCAACAUCGAAGCACUUCUUCUGCUCUCCCGCCAGACCCGGCAGACUGUCAGCAAUCCCACGUGACUUCAAUAUACUUACUAACAUCUUACAUAAAGACAGCUCAUCGCCGCGAGCCAAGCCGGAAAGCAACAACAAACCGCCAAGCAAACCUGACUUGAGCUUAAACCCCAGAAUCAACUCAUCAACUCAAUCAACUCCGAAGAGCCUCGCAUUCGGACUCGUCUGCGACAGCUGCUUGGACUGCGGUGGUUCGCGAGCUGGGUUUAUAGCGUCUUUUAAGCAGGGUUAUGUCAGCUCUUAUGAGAUAAUCCGAGGUGUUAAACCUAAAGUCGAUAAGCACACAAAUAGCUCGCUGCGCUCUUUCACUUCCGGAUCAUCGUGAAGAAGCAGCGAAAAAUGAACACUUUGGCGCUGAUAUUCCGCGUGCUGCCGGUAAUCCAGCUACUGUCCGAGCUUUGGAUCGUCUACAGCUUCUUGAAUGUCGUCUGGAAAGUGACCGCCCAUCUUCUCAUCAGAGCCCAGACUGCUACGAGUGUCGGCCUCAUUCUAU